AUGGAUCGCAACAACCAAUCCCAUGGGCUCGGCCCUCGCCAUGAUGCAUCAUCGCGAGUGCAAAAGACCGAGUCUGCUGCGGACAGGAUGGCUGCACUCAAGGCUCGAGUCGCCGCAGCAAUCGGAACCAGCAAGGCAAAGGGGGGUCUAAAUGUUGGGCUUCAUCCUGCCUUGGAAGAUCUAGGAUCAUAUAAGCCCGCAAGUAAACCAAAGGAAUCGACACCAAUACCAUCAAGCGGGCGAACAGACAAGGUCCGAUCGCAAGACGCCACGAGGCUAGGCUUGGGCAACAAACAGAAUGGAGAAAACCCCUACUACGAUCCUAGUCUUUCAACACAACCUGGUGGAGGGAAGGGACGACAGUCAAGAUCACUUGUGUUCAACCAGAAGGGCAAAUAUAUUGCCCAAGCCAAUGCUCUUCGUCGACAAGCCGCCUUGGAGGCGAUGAAAAAACGAAUUGCAGAGCAAACUCGAAAAGCUGGUAUCGACGAUGAUCUAGAUGUUGAAAGGAACUAUGUCGUGGAUGCACCGCCAGAGAUUGAGUGGUGGGAUGAAGGACUUGUUGACGGAGGAAGCUAUUACAGGCUGGAUGACCCUUCGAAACUCAAACUUACGACAGCUGACAGCAUUAUCACUGAAUACAUUCAGCAUCCGGUUGCACUCGAGCCACCUCAAGACCGACAUGUUCCAGCGGCGAAGCCUAUGUUCCUGACUUCGAGAGAGCAAGCAAAAUUGAGGCGACAACGGCGAAUGGCUGAGCUAAAAGAAAUGCAAGCUAAAAUUCGCUUGGGAUUGGUACCAGCUCCACCUCCCAAGGUCAAGAAGGGCAACCUGAUGCGAGUUCUUGGUGACGUUGCCGUCAAGGAUCCAACUGCUGUCGAAGCGCGUGUCAAUCGAGAGAUUGCGGAACGCCACCAGAAACAUGUCGAAACAAACGAAGAAAGAAAACUCACCAAAGAUCAGAAACACGAAAAAAUCGCGACGAAUCAACAAAAAGACGCCGAGAAGGGAAUCCACAUGUUGGUCUUCAAGAUUGAAAGCCUAGCGAAUGGGCAACACCGUUAUAAGAUCGGUAUGAACGCUGAGCAACUGGCACUUACAGGCAUAUGCGUCAUGCACCCCAAAUUCAAUUUGGUGAUUGUAGAAGGAGGUGAAUGGAGUAUCAAGAAGUACAAGAAGCUCAUGCUUAACCGAAUCGACUGGACCGAGAAUUCGCCGUCAAGAGACCGAGACGGAAAACAAGGCGCCACACGCGACUGGCUCCUGGCCGAAAAGGAUAACGGCGAGCUCAAGGAUAUGUCGAUGAACGAAUGCAAGCUUGUCUUUGAGGGCGAAGAGAAGGCACGAGCAUUCAGAAAAUGGGGAAGUAAAGUGUGUGAGACAGACUCGGAAGCGAGAGAUGCUCUGGCCCGUACCAAGAUGGACAACUUCUGGCAACUCGCCAAAGGCUUUGCCUAA